AUGUCAGCACUGGGCGAUGAAUCAGCAGGUCAUGUCCCAGAAACUUGGCUAGACUUCCUCCCCAUGCAGGCAACGCCUGAUUCCAUACUCUACGGCAAGAAUGGACAACGUGUCUCUUUUCUUCCUAGAGCACGCCUUGGCGGGAGGUUCCUUCUGGCUAAGGAGCCCCUGGAAGGGGGCAACGACGGGGAUUUCCUGACAUGUUACCGACGCAAUCUAUUUAGUGUUGCUGGAUUGCUUUCGAUUGACGAAUGGCCGACAUGGGCAUUGCCAUCCGGGAUGGUUCGCGAUCCUAGCGGACAAGAUUCCAAGAUCACGGGCUUGUUUGCUCGGCUCAAAGCUGUGGAAUCUUGGGAUUCGACCGAGGUUACUAUCACCUCAGGCGCCAACAGAUCGAAUGCUACAACUGAAAGGGGUGCGCGGCCAGCUGAUAUCCCCCUGCUUCCGCCGAGUCGAGAUGGAGAUGCCUCUGGGACGAGCUCGGAGCAUCUCGAGAUUCAAUUCUCAUGGGAGAGACUUCAGUUUCGGUCGGCCACAGCAAACAAUGGCAAGCGAAGGAAAGAAAUUCGACAGCAAUUCAAGGUGAUUAUCGCAAUAUUGGGAUCGAAGGAAGACGGGACGUGUAUUCUCAUCGCCGAGCUCGCAUCAUCCUUUCUGACUGUCCGGGGCCGAAGCCCAAAGAGCUUUGCUGCAUCUGAAGCGUCUCAGGUGCCUGGAUUGGAUUUGUACCAGCCCGAAAACGAUGUGACUGGACUGGACAUGCAUCUUCCUGGCCCUUCGGCUUCAGAUUGGACGUCAACUCCAGAAGUCUCGUUUUUCGAUCCGUAUGCUUCAUAUAUAUUCAGCGAUCCUUCUCAAGAACUCGUUUAUUCCCAAACGAUGUGGGACUGGAUGAAUCCAAGUGUGUCUCUGCUCACAACUUCGACUAGCAUUCUGGACACCGAACAACCAAUGGAGCAAGAGGCAGACAUUGUUUGUGCAGGCUAUGAGAGUCAGCACUGUGUUACCGAUACCCCAGACUACAGGCAGUUGUCGGGGCAUCAUCUCAUGUCUAUGGCCGCACCAUGUAGACAAGGUGCCAUCGCCGAACUCAACCCAGAUGAAGUGUCUUGGGCACCUGGUCUCCACGAAGGCCCUGGACAUGGACUUCUUCCCGCAGAUUCGGUUUCUAUUUCGGCAUUUACCCCAGAUCAUUCCGCCUUACCAGAGCAUACAUCAUCUCCUAGGGGUGCGACUACAUCUACUGUGUCCGUCGAAGGACAGACAAGCGAUGCCUCUAAGAAGCAGCGCACGGAGCCAAAUAGCACCCCAAGAACAUCUGGCGAGAUCCAAUCCCGUUAUAAGUACAUACCCAUCGGCAUCAGUGGCUGGCAGCCUCCUAUUGAGCCAGUUUACUGGCCACAUCCUUGGUCUCAUAUUGUAAGGGGUUCGGAAGUUAUUGGGGAUUUGUAUCGUACCAAACCAUACUACACGCACCUAGAGCACAAACGAGUUAGGGUAUAA